AUGAUGUCGGUUUUUGCGCCGCACGUUGAGAAGAACCCUGCCACGGCCCUCUCAGCCGUAUUCUGUAUCCCGCUUCAAAAAGUAGAGGACUUUUUAUCGAAAACACAUCAUGGUGGAGGGGUUGGUGGUGUCAUCCAUCAGCAUCUAAUGCAGCACCCACGUACUCAGCUUAUCGUUGUUGAUGACUUCACGCAGCUUGUGCAGCGAAGCUUUUCGGGGUUUAGCAAUCUUGGCGACCUCAUACAACGCCAAGCAACCGUGCACGCUGCAGUUCAGGCCAUUAAAUGCCUUGCGACAAAAAGUAAUGCGUGUGUUCUGUUGCUUACACAGUGCAUAUCCAAUCUGUAUGGCAGGUCGUCGACGGCGACGUCCCUUGAUGGGUCAAUGAAUAGCAGCAGCGGGAACUUCGGGCCGGUCCUAUACCACGCCGUGAACCUUCGCAUGCACCUUCGUCGAAUUGUUGGAAACACGCGUGAUCUCAUCCACCUCCUCACUAUCACAAAAAGCUCUUUCUGCGGCGCGGAGCAACUUCUCCUACGGCUGUCGGGCAGGGGGGUGGAGGAGGUAGAACCUGAUGAUAUGUACGCACCAAAUGCAGCAGCAAUAGAGGAGAUCUGUGGUGAGGAAGUACUAGACAGCAUAGAUAUAUGGGACUACGUCUCAGUGCCUCAAUUUCUUAGAGUUUGA